GGGAGUUAAGUUCAACUCAGCGUUCUGUCUCUUUAAGUCACUUUAACUAUCUAAAAUGUGUCUGACGUUUUGGCAUGAAUAAGGCCUUAACAUUUGGAUGACAGUGGUUUGAAAAGGUCUUAGCUGGCAGAGGAUAGACGGAGAGGGCAGCCUCGUGGCGGAGGAGAGAAUGAGAGGGUCUUCUGAUGGUGUGUUGGCGGUGGGGACAGUGUUGGUGAGCCGUGUGAACACGGGGGAGAUGGAGGAGGGAAACAUGGAUCACAUCACGGCCGACGUGCAGCAGGCCCAGAAGUGCACCUUAGUUUGUGAGUCAUCACAGGGAACCCCAAACGACAAAGAUAAUAGCCCCCUGACGGGUGCUGUCUUUAAGAAUCCGGUUUGUAAGGUCUACAAGUUCCAGACGGUGGAUAGUAAAUGGAUGCUGGUGAGAGAACAGAUGGAGGAGUGUACUCUGUCCUUCAGCAUCCCCAGACAGCUCCUCCACCUCUACAUCCAGGAAGACAUGAGGAGGAUACAGGAGCUGAGGGACCUUGGGGAACUGUCUCCCCACUGGGACAACCUGAGGAAGGAGGUGAUUGGCCGUUAUGGACAGGUCAUAGCUGCCUACCAGGAGACCCUGGCUGAGCUGAAUAAGAUCACUGGUCCGUCGUUCAAGCCGAGCUGCAGCAAGGCCCAGAGGUAUCUAGAGUUCAUCCCUAUCAACCUGCACACCCAGAGGAUGAGGGUGACGUGUCCUAGACAAACAGAUGCAUUCUAUGACGUGAUCACGGUGGGGGCUCCAGCGGCCCACUUCCAGGGCUUUAAGGGCGGAGGGCUACAGCGGCUACUGAGCAGACAUGAGGCAGAGAAGAAGAGUUUCAGCACAGCAUACCAGUGCAUCUACUACUCCCCAGAGCACACAGCCAAGGCCCAGGAGGUGUUGCACAGUGUGGGCCAUCUCCAACCUCUCAUCUCGGGCCUGGCAGACCAGCUGCUCCAGGCCGCCCAGCAGCACUCCAUGGCUGGGCUGAGGGAGGCACUCAAGACCCUGGCUGGAAAAACGGAGCAGUUUGUGCACGCGCUCAAAGACGAGCUGGUGAAGAGCGCCUUGCUGGCCCUCCACGCUGCACAGCCCGGCUACGUGACGAAGAACCAGAACCAGACCCUGCCAGGCCACCAGGGUCACAGCCACCAGGACCACCAGAGUCCCAGCCAGAGGGGUCAACAAGGCCAGAGUCCACCCCAGAACCCAGGCCACAGUCCUGGGCAGCCAUCGGCUACAGACAGCCCUGUGGUGGUGUGUAAUAAUGUGGAUGGUGGCUCCCAGACGGCUCCCAUCAGAGAAGACGGGCAGGCACCUCUGAAGCGCCAGGACUCCAUACCGUGCCAUAAGGAGUACGACGAGGAGGAAUGGGACAGGGUGUGGGCCGACGUGGCGAAGAGCCUCAACUGUGUCAUCGCCAUGGUGGACAAGCUCCAGGAGCAGGAACCAAUCAACAACAACCAGGAACAACCAAUCCCUAAGCAGGUCCUGGCUGAUGUCAUCACCUCCCACAACCCUGAAGGGGAUUGGCGGGAGCAGCUCUGCCCCCUGGUGGUGAGAUUGAAGGAGUGCGUCGCGGAGGUGGUGGUGCGGGCCAGGAGGGCCAUGACCUUCGUCCUGCUGCAGGAGGCGGCCUGCAGCAUCCCCCAGGGACUGUUCCUCAAGCAGAGGAGGGAUGUGGUCUUCAGUCAGGCGCUAGCUGCGUUGGCGUGUGGUUUCGUCAUGAGGCUGUACGCGGGGAUGGAGGAUAAGGGCUUCCUCAGGCAGCUCCACCUAGUGGGCCUGGUGGCACAGUUCGAAAGCCUGCUAAGCACCUACAGUGAGGAGAUUGGCAUGCUGGAGGACAUGGAGGUGGGCAUCUCAGACCUGCACCGGGUGGCCUUCAAGAUCACCCAGGCCAAGACAGACGACCCCUGUGACCUGCAACCUGUAGUCAUCGGCAGGCGCGACCAUUAUACUGUAGAAGUGCCAUUACCGCGGCUGGUCUUCCAGACGUUACCCCAUGAGAUCAAAGAGGGCAAGGCGUUGCAGGUUUACCCGGUGCUCUUCAACGUGGGAAUCAAUGAACAGCAGACAAUAGCAGACAGAUUCGGAGACAUCUCUUUGCAAGAGAGGAUAAACCAGAGGAACUUUGAGAUUUUAGACAGUUAUUACAAAUCACUAAGCGAUAAGGUGCCAUCAGAAUGUCUGCCAUGUUUUCAAACCCAGACGGACCUGAAAGAUUUACUUGGAACCCUGGGCCAGAAUGUAGUGACGAAGAAGAGAAAGAAUGUGGAGAUACUGUGGCUCGCUGGAACGAUCUGCCGACGGCUGAACGGGAUCAGGUUCACCAGCUGUAAAAGUGCCAAAGACAGGACGUCGAUGUCUGUAACCCUAGAGCAGUGUGCCCUGCUGAGAGACGAGCACCAGCUCAACAAGGAUUACUUCAUACGAGCCCUGGACUGCAUGCGGAGGGAGGGAUGUCGGAUUGAGAAUGUGCAAAAGAAUAUUAAAUGCCGGAAGUAUGCCUUCAACAUGCUGCAGCUGAUGGCAUUCCCCAAGAUCUACCGGCCGCCGGAGGGGACCUAUGGGAAGGUUGACUCCUGAACCCAACCUAUAUAUAGGAACGAAGAUGGCUACGUCCUGAUUCUCCACCCUCCACAGGGAGUGUGCAUGUGCAUGUGCAUGUGUGCAUGUGGACACAGCCGGUGUAAAAACAAACCAAAUGAUUCCCGACGUAAUCUAAUCCAAGCAGUAAAUAUAGUAGCAAUAGAAAAAGUCUAUAGCCAUGUACUGCAGGUCCAGAUGUAACAAAUAAAUAAAAGGUUUAGGUGUUUCUGAUAUUGGCCAUGUUAUGCAAUGUUGCUGGGACACUGUUUUGUACGAGUUAAGUUUGUCCGUGUUUCUUUGUCAUUUUCUUAAUCGUUGAGUCAUAGUUUGUAAGAUCUGCGAAGCGUGUUGCUUGCCAAUUGAGCAUACUUUCUCAUGCUCUGUUUCUGAAAUGCCUUAAAGGUUAGUCACAUUCGCACAAGUAAACACAGUAACUCAUUUGCGUCAGACAACAUGGCUUGAAGGAAGCCUUGAGAAGGUUCUAUAAGUUUGAGAAAAAGCUGAACAGACUUUCCCGUUUAGCUUGUUGUUCAUGUUCACACGGGUCUCUUUUGUAGAAGGCUGUCUGUCCCUUAAGGAGCCUGAGAGAGCUUACUGUAAAUACAAUUUAAUUCCAUGAAUAUGUUCUCUCAAUCUCAAUCAUGGUUGCUUUUACGACCACAUAUUUUUUGGUACAAUAAUAAACUCAAUCGUAAUGUCUCACAAAAUAUGUUGAAUUACUGCCAUAUCUAUCACAUGCUGUAUAUAACUUUACUUUUGUUUAAAAAUAUUGUUUUCCUUUAUUUUCCCUCCACAAUCAGUCAAUUGAAAACCAAACCAUAACCCCUUUAUCAUAUUUAUUUUUUUAUCCGCUUUUAUGCUUUAUUCGGGGUCACUGUCUUGGAUUCAAAAGCAUCCAAGGCUCUUCCUGUAUGUUAAAUAUCUUUGUUUGCGCUUUGCAUUCCUGUUUAUUUAAUUCAAAUACAUUUGAUUAAAUUGCUAUGGAAUGGA